UAUCAUAAUAGCUCACCCAAAUCGAAUCAAACACUUACAGAAUCCCAAUAAGCCUGGUUUAAGUGACGGUCGUUAUCGCGAUUAUGAAGCAUAUUAAUUAGCUCUCAUUAAUUUAGCUCUAAGUAGCCGCUCUUAUGAAUAUGCGGAACAGAACGCAUUUUCUACAGCUGCUUGCGAUGCAGUGCUGCUCCGACUCGCGAACAGUUUGGUGCCGUAGUCUGUGAUCAGUUUAUAUAAGUUCACUUUAAAAAUGUGAUUAAAAAUAUAUAUAAUUCAACUUCGAUCUGAAAAUCUGUGACCGAACCUAAUGGAAUCAUAUUAAAUUGAUUAGCAAAUCAGGCAUGACUUUCGUCAGUUUUACGUCGCUCCUACUCCUCCUACUUCUGUGUUCAAGUGUUCUAUCCCAUCGUUUGAGUGCAAAUUUCACAGUCGCGAUGCCAAAAUAUUCAUCCCCGAUCGCAUAUGUUCCAACCACUCCUAUAAUUUGUUAUAUUUACGACCCUAAUUGUUUUUUUAAUUAUUUUCCACCUGUAUAUCCAAGUACUUAUCAUUUUGAUGUAUAUAAACGACAGAUCGGUCUUAUGAGACGUAACUACGUCACACCUGCGUUUUCCGGGACUCAAGCUGGGAUUCAAACACAAUUUAAUUUACAUGGAAAAUUAAAUCAAAAUAUUCCUAAGCCGAAUAUGCAAAACGAUUAUAGCACACCGAAAUUUGUAGUCAAUCGGCCAGUGUUUGGUGCACUAGGAAAUGUACCUCCAAAAUCAGCUCAGAAUAACCUGCUGCAAUCACUUCAUAAUCCGGUUUACAGACCUCAUCAUUCUGUAGAACUAAUAAAAAAUACCAGUACACCGUCUCCAACAACGAAUUCCCUGACAACAGAAUCAUUAUCCUACAGUAAUAUUGAAACAACCAGAAAAUCACUAAACUUUAGACCUAACACCAGUUACGAACAAUGGAAUGCUAAUAUGUAUAGUAAUUUUGAAGUAAUGGCUAAAUUUAUACGAUCACUUGAUAUACUAGAAAGAAAGUUUUAUAAGGUCACAUUCGAGAAAUUAACAUCUUCAAGUCCCAUUGAAAGGAAGGAAAAUGGAAUAAGUUUUAUUCAAACGGGAAUAUUUUUACAACUGACACUAAUGGCUCUCUCCUCGGAGGUCGACGUCGAAACGCGACGUGAGAUUGACAAGUGCAUAGGUCUUGAACUCUCCGACAGGGAAAAAAUAUACAUCCUAAGGGAAAUGAUAUCAUCGCUACCGAAGACGAGUGAUGCUCUUAAGUUCCGAUUAUCAUCAAGGUUGGUGGUGGGUCGCCGCUGGGCGCUAAAACCGCAACUCCAACACGGCCUCGCUCCCGCCAUGCGCCUGCGCAUCGACCGCGUCAACACCUCAGAUACUGCACAAGCAUUAACGGAUACGCUUAAUAAAAUGGUUGAAAAAGAUUCAAAAGGAGCGAUGCGUGAUACAUUCGAAGAGGAGGAACUGUCUGAGGGCAUGUGCGCGGUGCUGUUGUCGACGAUGUACGUGCGCGCGCGUUGGCGCUCCGCCCCCACCGUGCUUAAUGGCACCCACGCCUUCCUCGACAGCGCCGCCGCCCCCCAGCGCACCAUGCGUAUGAUACGCAUCAACGACAUCAUGAGAUAUACGGAACUGAAUGAAUGGGACGCUGAAGCUAUAGAAAUAUUUUACGCAACUCCCGGUCUCUCUCUACUGUUGCUGGUGCCGCGAGGACGUUCUCUGCGCCAGCUGGCGGGGCACGUGGCUGACACUAGUAUCUACCACGUGUUAGACCGCAUGUACACUUUGCGCGUGGCCGUCACACUCCCAUUGUAUACGCUCCGCAUGACUCUCCUGUUACCGAACAAAUUACAAGCAAUGGGCAUAUCUCGUCUGGUAGACGAUGAGGACGCGGAGUGCAGCGAGCUGCGCCUGUCCCACGCGGUGCAGCGCCUCAUGUUCUGGGCGGAGGCGGGACGUAAUGCUUUUAAAGACGAUGGUAUAGAGUGGGACGAGGCGCCGGAACUCGAGUUGGUUGUCAAUCGGCCUUACAUAUUCUUUCUACGUAGGAGAAACAUCACUAUUAUGAACGGACAUUUUGUUUUAUAGAAAUAAUACUUAAUUACUAUUACUAUUUUGUAUGUUAUAUUAUAU